AUUUUGAUAACCGAUAAGGCGAUGGCGAUGAUGAAAAUUCUUGAAAAUUUUUUAAAACUUUACCGAAUUUCUUGUAGAUAUAUUUAGAUUUUAUUUGCAUCCGUUUUAUUUCCAUUAUUUUCAAGAUGUACUAAGCUGAACUUAUAAAAUUCUGUUCAUGUUCUGCCUUGCAAACUGCAAACAAAAUGUCUUCGGAUGAAGAUGAUUACAUGUCCGACAAAUUUCUAUCUGGAAGCGUUGAACAAGAUAUUCGUCCUGGAUUGAUAAAGUCACAUUCCGAUAAACGAAACUUCCAAGCUCUCAAACGGAAAAUUGAACUGGAUGAAAUCAAUAAGAGAAAGAAUCCCAAUCUCAGGGUAUUAGAAAAAGAAAAACGUCAAGAAGGUUUAGAGAAACCUCUCGAAUCUGGCAAUAAAGGAUUUGCUAUGUUACAAAAAAUGGGCUUCAAACCUGGCACAAGUUUGGGAAAAUCAGAUACUGGAAGAACAGAGCCGAUUCCAAUAAAUUUAAAAGCUGAUAGAGAAGGAUUAGGAAGAACGCAAAUGAAAAAAGAAAUUAUCGAAAAGAAACUGAAAGAAUUUAGACCUGAUAAUAUCUCAACUACCGAAUACAGAUCUCGUUUGACUGGAAAAGUUGUGCAAAAGCAAACAGAAAGUGAUUUUCGUAAAAGUCAAAAAAUUUGCGAAACCCUUGAUACAGAUAAAGGCAUUCUAGAACCGCAGGAAAAAUGGUAUUGGUUGAGCACAGAUCCUGAAAUCGAGAAAGAGAAGAAAGCAGCCGCCAAAGCUGAAAAACGUAAAAAAAGAAUGGCUUCCGGAUAUGAUAAUGAUUCUGACGAAUAUAGUGAAAAUGACGAUUCAGAAGACGCUUCCGAUGAAAAGGAUGAUGAUGAUGAUGAUGAUGUUCCUUUAGAUGUUUCAGAAAAAUUGAAUAAUAUUACGUCGUAUCUGAGAAACACUUAUUACUAUUGCAUUUGGUGUAGUGUGAAGUAUAACGAUGAAGAUGACUUGAAAAAUGAAUGCCCAGGAAGAACUAGAGAUGAACAUUGAUCUCAACGAUAUUCUCUAUUUUUAUGAUUAUACGAGAUGAAAAUCUCAAACGGAACGAGAAAAUUGUUAAAGUUCGUUGUGUUAGAAACAGAAUUGAAAAGCAAAAUUCUGAUUUUACAUAUUUUUAUAAUUUGGAAUUGUGUCAAUUUCUAUUGAUUGAAUAAGAAAUUCGAUUUUAAAACAUCUAAUAUUAAUGUACCUACGAAGUCCGAAAGUCGUACAAUGAAAUGAAAUUGAAUAAACUGAUUUGAUUCGU